ACCGCAUGACCACCCCAACCGCUGACUGAGAACGAUCAUCUACCGCCGCAUUAAACCACAGAUCAUAAGGCUGUUAAUCUUCUAUAAAGCCCACAGUCCACAAAAGUUUACCCUCUCUCUCUCUCUCUUUAUUAACGAUGAUGGUGUCAUGAAAUUGUUUCCAACUUGUUCUUGAUGUUCCCCAAUCACCGUGGGAAGAGAAAGUUCUAAAAUGUUAGGCAAUUUGCAAUUUUGAGGAUUCCACUCACAAAGGCCAUCACAUGUUGGACAUUUUUAGCCAAUCAUAUAGGUCAAUGCAGUACAAGUCAAGACCCAAAUGAUUAACUUAGCUUAGCUUUAUUGCCUUCUAGUUCCUUUAAAGAAUCAUUAAACUCAAAAAACAAGGAAAUUUGACUUAGCAACAGGGAAGAUGGGAAACAAAAUUUCUCUCUACUAUCUCUUGCUCUUUAUUGCUCUCAUUCCAAACUUCACAGCUUCUCAAAUUCUAUUUCAGGGGUUCAACUGGGAGUCAUGGAAGAAGGAAGGAGGAUGGUACAACUUCCUAAGAAACUCAGUUCCUGAACUGGCUACUUCUGGGAUUACUCAUGUUUGGCUCCCUCAACCUGCUCACUCUAUUUCUGACGGCCCUCAAGGGUACUUGCCUGGAAGGCUCUAUGAUCUCAAUGCAUCAAAAUAUGGAAACCAAGAUGAACUGAAGAGACUGACAAAAGCCUUCCAUGACAAGGGGAUCCAUUGCAUAGCGGACAUAGUCAUAAACCACAGAUGUGCAGAGAAGAAAGAUAGUAGAGGAAUUUGGUCUGUUUUUGAAGGAGGGACUCCAGAUGAUCGCCUUGACUGGGGUCCAUCUUUCAUUUGCAGUGAUGAUACUCGUUAUUGUGAUGGCAAUGGAAAUCCUGACACUGGUGGUGGUUUUGACGGUGCUCCAGAUAUCGAUCACACAAACCUACGGGUCCAAAGAGAGCUAUCAGAUUGGAUGAACUGGCUAAAGACUGAAAUCGGGUUUGAUGGGUGGAGAUUUGAUUUUGCCAGAGGAUAUUCCCCAGCUUUUACUAAGAAGUAUAUGGCAAAUACUAAGCCAAAUUUUGCAGUAGGUGAAAUAUGGAACACUCUUGCUUAUGGAAGUGAUGGAAAACCAGUGCACAACCAGGAUGGUCAUCGACGCGAGAUUGCGAGAUGGAUACAAACUGCUGGAGGAUUUGUUACAGCUUUUGAUUUUACAACUAAAGGGAUACUUCAAACUGCAAUUCAAGGAGAGCUGUGGCGGUUGAAAGACUCCAAUGGAGGUCCUCCAGGUGUGAUUGGCUUGAAGCCAGGAAAUGCUGUAACGUUCAUAGAUAAUCAUGAUACAGGUUCCACACAGAAAAUUUGGCCAUUCCCAUCGGAUAAAGUCAUGCAGGGAUAUGUCUACAUUCUUACUCAUCCAGGGAUUCCAUCAAUUUUUUAUGAUCACUUCUUUGACUGGGGUCUCAAAGAGGGGAUCUCUAUACUCAUUGCAAUUCGAUCCAGAAAUGGGAUCAAGCCCACAAGUUCCGUGCGAAUUCUAACCUCUGAUGCUGAUCUCUAUGUGGCAGCUAUAGACGAGAAGAUCAUUGCUAAGAUUGGUCCAAGAUAUGAGGUUGGGAACCUGGUCCCUCCAACCUUCCAACUUGCUACUUCCGGAAAUGACUAUGCUGUGUGGGAGAAAAAAACUAAGGGGAAUGAUGAUAAUUAAUAAAAAUGAAAAGGAAUGACAAAAGGUCAUUAUGAUAAAUUAGCCUUUGCUUUGGAUCCUUUGAAAUUUAAUAUGCUAUGUUAUUAUUGAUGAUAGUUCAGCAUAGUGAGAACUUUCAUUUUCAUGCUA